AUGUCCGAACUUCCUGGUCCCUUUGGCGAGCUGCCCAAGCCCAAGCCCAACCUCGGCACCAUCCUCACAGAGAACCUCCACCCGCUCAUCCUGAGUCAUCUCCCCGCCCGAUACCAGACUGCUGGCCGCCAACGGAGCCGCUCUAAGCCUAAGAGCUACCACCCUGACGCCAACUCCAUCACUGCUCUCAAGACGUCCUUCAGCGUGUGGGAUGGCGUGCGCGAGCUCCAGAGGCAUCGCUGGUCAGAGUCUGAUCUCCAGCAUGCCGUCAUUGCCGCUCUCAUCCUCUUCUCUUUCUACGUUGCACCCCCCGCACCGGUAACCAAGCUCUUGGCUCUCAUCGGCGGAGCUUGGCUGCUGCUCAUGCCUGCCACUGGACAGUUCUUUCGCCCUUCCCUAGUCAUCUGGACGUGGCUACUAUACUUCUUCUGCAGCCGCUUUAUCCCGUACGACUACCGCCCUCACAUCUGGGUCCGCGUUCUGCCCGCGCUCGAAAAUGUCCUCUACGGCGCAAACCUGUCCAACAUCAUGUCCGCCCACCAGCACCCCAUUCUCGACAUCCUCGCAUGGCUCCCCUACGGCAUCAUGCACUUUGGAGCCCCCGCAGUCUGCUCCCUUGUCCUCUUCAUCUUUGGCGCGCCGGGAACAACGCCCGUCUUUGCCCGCUGCUUCGGCUGGAUGUGCAUCUUGGGUGUCACCAUUCAGCUGUGCUUCCCCUGCACCCCUCCCUGGUACGAGAACGAGCACGGCCUGACCCCUGCGGCCUACGGGAUGCCCGGAUCGCCCGCCGGCCUGGCCCGCCUCGACGCAAUCUUCGGCAUCGACCUGUACACGACCAACUUCAGCACUGCCCCUCUCCCCUUUGGCGCCUUCCCCUCGCUCCACGCGGCCAACGCUGUCCUGGAGGCUCUGUUUAUGAGCCACUGCUUCCCCCAGUUCCGCACCUACUUCAUCGUCUACGCGGGCUGGGUCUGGUGGGCCACCAUGUACCUCAGCCACCACUAUGCCAUCGAUCUGGUCGGCGGCGGCAUCAUUGCCGCCACCUUCUACUACACGGCCCGCGCCCGCUGGUUGCCCCGACGACAGGCCGACAAGCUCCUGCGUUGGGAGUACGAGUACGUCGAGAAAGGCGAGACCAAUGAGACGAUUGACGAGGAGCGCAACGACAAUUACUUUAAAGCCGGCCUGCUUAGCCAUCGCCGCGCCAGUUCCAGCUCCGGUGUCACCCUCGCCAGCGCCUCGUCUUCGUGGGGAUCCAGCAGCGGUACCAUGAGCCCCAGGACACCCGAUGUGCUGCUACCGGAUGGCCUCGCCCACACGGGAGGCCAGGGGAACCUCUGGGAAAAGGUAGCCUCCCAGCGCGAGGUUGAACUCACAGAUGUGGUGAUUGUGAGAUAA